AUAUGACUUGUUUCCAGGAAUUCGGGCCACACUCCGAGAGCUGCUUCAAGAGGGAGAUGAACUCACAACUUCGACUGAUGCAGUGGAUAAGCGAGGACGAUAUAUAUCAGUUAUGUAGCGAUCUAGCCCAAACCUUGGAUUGCAUUACCUCCACCAUAACCAUCGAGUGUGGACCGGAAGCUGCGCAACUUGUACCCGUUCUUGUAAAGCCCAUGGUAAAGAAAAGCUCAAAGUGUGACGUAAUAUCUACAACAAUAUCAGAAGAACCCCCGACCACAGCUAAACGACGGAGGCCUUACAGACAGAAAACUAGCACCCCAAUAUCCAGCUUAGUAACUUCGCACGAAAAGGAUAAAUCAUUGCACAGUCACGUGAUAUAUGCGAAAACUCAAGACAAAAAUAAAGCCUCAUCUCUCAAAUGUUGUGAAAUAGCAAUGUGUUUGACGUUUGUUUCCCUACAAUACUUAAAACUUUACCCCCUUCUUUGGGAUUGAAGUGUGAAAAGGUAAACAACGUACCUAUCAUUAAAACUCCCAUUACCUGUAGACAGGCGCUCA